UAGUUCCCUCCAACUCCGAAAAACAAGAAGCACCUGAAUCAACAAAACUCUCGAGAAAAAAUAUCCCAACAGAAAACAAUUUCUUUCUCAGAAUUCAAAUCUUAAAAUAUUAUUAUAUUAAUAUAAUAACAUUGUCAGUACUAUGAUACUAGGCUUUAUCUGAGAAUUUUAUUAGAGCUUUGCAUGUCUUUCUGUUUGGUUUUAUUUUGAUAAUAGUUUUACGUUGACUCAUGUCAUGAACGCAUUGCUUUGAUAUAUUUUAUACAUGUUGUAGCAAAAAAGAAAGAUAUAUUUUAUACAUUAACCUGGCAUGGUUAUUUUCUAGGCUCUAAUAUUGGAUUCAAGUUUUCGAGGCCAUUGGCUUCGAAUAAUUCGUGGGUUUUGCGUUAAGUUGAAAAUUUUAGGUGGGAUUUGGCUAAAGUGGAUGAAUUUGAGGUGGGUUGUUGGCAAAGCUGAGAAAUACAUACUUUUGGAAGCUCUCAAAGGUGGCUCCUUUGAGAAAAGUUUCUGUUUGGGGUCUGGGAAAUUUUGAAGGAUUUUCCGUAAUCUUCCACAUUUCGAUGAAAUGAGAAGAGAAAUAUAUGGACGGAUUGGUGAUUUCGAAAGCCAUGGUACUGAGAAGAGCCUUUUAUGUGAUUGUUUGUGUGAUUCUGCUUUGCGCAUUUGUAAUAGGGGACUCAGAAAAUAACAGGAAAACGUUUGAAAAAUUUCACAGAAAUGAAGAUGGUUUUGAUACGCAGGAAACGCACGAAAAAAUGGCAGAACAGGCAUGGAUCCAUUGCAGGAAACUGAUUGAUAGGAAAUAUGCAGUUAAAGAUUGGGACUUCACCACCCCACAAGAAACAAGUAGUGCUUCAAACUCAGAAUUCUUAACAAAAAGAAGUAUUCACAAAGCAAUGAUUGCACUUCCUCCAAAUAGAAAAGAAGAAAUUUUCGAUUGCUUGAGAGAGAAAAAUCUUAUAUUUAAUGCUUCUGAGAGAGAGGCCAUCCUAGCGUGGUUCUUGAAGUGCGUUGAGCUGUUCUUAGGUUGGUCAAAUUCUCCUAGAAGAUAUUUGACAAGCACGGCUGUUCAAACAAUAGUUCGAUCCCAUUCUCCAAAGAGAACAGUAAUAUCACAAGGCCAUUCAAUACGGCAGGAUGUGGCACCAGCAGCACCACCAAAACAUAGUCCAGCACCUUCACCUUCACCACCCCCAGUUGAGGCUCCAGAUCCUUUUUCUAGGCAAGAUCUUAUUGAUUUAACGCCAUCAACUUCUCCCCCAAAGCCCUCACCACAUAAGGCUCCAGUAGAGGUCUUCCCCCCACUGGAUUUUAGUGAUUCACCUCCACCAUCACCACCUCAUAAACAUGCUCCUCCUUCUCACUCAGAGAAAAAUAAUGAGAAUUCAUUGAAGAGAAUCAUUUAUUUCGGAACUGCAGCUGUAAUACUUUUGGUCUUCUCCAUGCUUCUGUGCUGCUGUUUCAAGAAGAGUACCAGAGAUGGACAUAAAAAGGAUGAGAAACCUCUUCUCACCUUGGCCUCAAGUGAUUUUUCUGCUGAUUCAUCACAGAAAUCAAUUAGUAUAGGAAAUUCCAGUAAUAAAGAGUUCAGGACUAGUAGCGGGAAGUUUGUUAUCAAUUUGUCAAUGAAAUCUGAAAAUUUUGAUUCCUCACUUGCUGAAGCAACAUCAAAUGAAGCUUCACUAUCUUCACUAAAACACCCUCCAGGGAAACCGGCUCCUCCACCUCCUGGGCCGCCGCCACCCCCUAGUUCCCGCCCUCCUCCACCUCCCAGGUCUCGCCCUCCACCUGUUCCACCUAAAGACAUCCCUGGCAAAGGUCCCCCUCAUCGCAAAACACACAGUGAUGAUAGCGAUGCUGAAUCUAGAGCACAAAAGGCCAAGUUAAAGCCUUUCUUUUGGGAUAAGACUGUUCUCACAAAUCCUGAUCAAUCAAUGGUUUGGAAUGAGAUCAGUUCAGGAUCAUUCCAGUUUAAUGAGGAGAUGAUAGAGACUCUAUUUGGCUAUAACAAUGACAAAAACAGAAAUGAACGCAAAAAAGAGUCAUCAAAUGGAGAAGCUCCUGUUCAGUAUAUUCAGAUAAUUGAAACUAAGAAAGCACAAAAUCUAGCGAUUCUUUUACGAGCACUGAAUGUGACAACAGAAGAAGUUAUUGAUGCUCUUCAAGAAGGUAAUGAGCUUCCGGUUGAUCUUCUCCAAACUCUCUUGAAGGUCCAACCAACAUCUGAAGAGGAGCUGAAGCUUAGGUUGUAUAGUGGUGACGUUUUAUUACUCGGCCCUGCUGAGCGGUUCCUCAAAAUCUUGGUUGACAUUCCAUUUGCUUUUAAAAGAUUAGAGUCAUUGCUCUUCCUGUGCUCCUUUCAAGAGGAGGUCUCUAGUGUCAAAGAAUCCUUGGAAACUUUAGAGGUUGCUUGCAAUAAACUCAGGAGCAGCAGGCUAUUCUUAAAGCUUCUAGAAGCAGUUCUUAAAACUGGCAAUCGAAUGAAUGAUGGUACCUACCGUGGUGGAGCACAAGCUUUUAGGCUUGACACGCUCUUGAAAUUGGCUGAUGUUAAAGGAACUGAUGGAAAGACAACACUAUUGCACUUUGUUGUGAAGGAGAUCAUCCGUUCAGAGGGUGUCAGAGCUGCUCGAACAGCCAGUGGAAGCAGGAGCAUGUCUAGUGUGAGAACAGAGGAUUUUGCAGAGGAUGUCACUGAGGGAGCAUCCGCAGAGCACUAUCGUAGCCUUGGUCUAGAGGUGGUCUCGGGUUUAAGCAAUGAGCUUGAAGAUGUUAGAAAGGCAGCAGUGGUAGAUGUGGAUUGCCUAACAUCUUCUAUAACAAAAAUGGGGCAAUCAUUGCAAAAGACAAGAACUUUUAUAAAUUCUGAGUUGAAUAGUACGGAUGAUGACAGUGAAUUCUAUCGAACUCUCGCUAGUUUCAUUGAGCAAGCAGAAGCUGAUUCAACAAAGCUGCUAGAGGAAGAGAAGAGGAUAAUGGCUCUUGUGAAGAGCACAACAGACUACUUUCAUGGGAAUGGAGGUAAAGAUGAAGGCCUGCAUUUGUUUGUGAUUGUACGUGAUUUCUUGAUCAUGUUAGAUAAAGUAUGUAGAGAGGUUAAAACUUCAUCAGCAAAGCCUACAAAGAAUUCCAACUCAAGAAAAGACGCACCAGCUAAGCCUACAUCUCCAGAAACUACUCAUUCGCUCUCAGAUGUUCGUCAGCGACUAUUUCCAGCCAUCGCUGAACGGCGAAUGGAGGAUUCUAGUUCUGAUGAAGACAGGAAAUCUUCUUAAUUUUCACUUCAUGAAGGAGGGGCUUGAAAUCUGGCUGCAUGGAGACAAAGAAGAAGACUUGGUUAAGCAGGCAACAAAAUAUGAAGCUUCAAUUUCAUUUUUUGACAUUUUUUGCAUAGUAUAACCUAGUCCCAUAUGAAGGUAACAAAGGAUUUUUAAUGUGUUGAAAAGCCAUAAGUUCCCUCUCCCAAUUUCAACCCUUUGUUUUUUGCCAUUUUUUUCCCUUUCAUUUUACACUCUUGUAAGAACAAAGUGCAAUUUAGUUCAUAGUUUAUUUUUGGAGUAUAUAACUUUUUUCUAUGAAGUGACGGGCUUUUCCA